GUCACCAGUGUUGAUGCUCACGUUCUGAAUCCUGAAAAGCAGCUUGACUCAGCUCUAUGGACACAGACAGCAUAGUCUGUUUGGGAUUGGAGUUUUAAAUAUUUUGCUGUUUUAUUUUUAAGUCACACAAAGUAUCAGCAUGGCUGUGGCUGAAGCAUUGAUGCCUAUCAUUACGUCGUUCCAGACUGGCAAAGCCAUGGAUAAUCUGUGCAAGAUGGAUGAGUGCGUUCGGAGCAGCGCAACAGGUGACGCAGACAACCAGCGCAUUGAGGUGGAGUUCAGCAUCGUUCACUCUCCUGCGCUACAGCCCAAAGAUGAAGACGAGCUGGGGAAGUUUCUAGACCUCGAGUUCAUUUUGUCAAACACCAUCGGCAGCGAAGUCGUUGGCAAUCACGACAUUGGGAACAUUUCACCAUCUCAACCGCAGCAGCCAUGCGCGUACUCUCUGCCAGACUCUCCAGAAAGCUGCAGCGGCGGUUCUGUGCCAGACUGCAGCGAUCGCGCUUCUUCUCACUUGGUCGCACAAGGCUACCAUGGCACGGCAAACUUUAGUGACUCGAGCCCAGUCCGCAGCCUGAUGGCGGAGCUUCUGACACCUGAGAUGAGUUACCUGGGGGAAAGCUCAUCUGACAGAGCUGGUAAGGCGAGAGAUGGUCGCGAGUAUACAGAACUGCGAGCUCUAAAUCCAGCCAGCAUUCCAUCAGCUCCUUCUCAUCCUCAAGUGGCGACAUCUGCAUCCCCGCCUGUAUACAAAAUUAAAACCGAGCCAGGCGUUCUGUCUUGCAUGAUGACUGCUGUUGGUGGAAACUUCAUGGAACAAGAAUAUGACAAACACCAAAUGCAGUCCGUGCAUCCAGCAGCUUUUACGCACCAUCAGACCACAGUUCCAGCUGCGGUGCAGGGAUUCGGUGCGCACCCGGCUCAUCAAGCGGGGCAUCAAGGACGUACUGACUGCAAUCUGGCGCAGAUGAACUCAACCAUGCACUCUCAUCAUCAACAUCAUCAUCACCCCAAUCCGCACCACCUGUCAAACCAGUACAUGAACGCGCCAUAUCCGCCGCAUUACGCGCAGUUUCAAGGACAGUACAACAUGCACAGGGAGCCCGUACAUGUUCACCAGCAGCAUCAUCCUGCUUCCAUGCAGGGGAUGAUGCUUACUCCUCCCUCAUCGCCGUCCUUGCUAGACUUUUACACCCAGGAAGAGGUGGGGUGCACCAAACAGAAGCGAGGCCGUAGGUCGUGGACCAGAAAACGCGCCGCCACGCACAACUGCGAGUUCCCUGGCUGUGGGAAAACCUACACUAAGAGCUCUCACCUUAAAGCACACAUGAGGACGCACACAGGUGAAAAGCCCUACCACUGCAACUGGGAAGGCUGCGGCUGGAAGUUCGCCAGAUCGGAUGAGCUGACUCGUCACUUCAGAAAGCACACCGGACACAGACCUUUCCAGUGUCACCUCUGCGAGCGCGCCUUCUCCCGCUCAGACCACCUUGCUCUCCACAUGAAGAGGCACAUGUAGGCCUUACUCGGCUUCUGGACACUUAUACCUAUCCAUCGUGGAUAGAGUGCACGAGUUGGCCCAGAUAACUAAUUCUAAAUGAAUGUAUUAAAACUUUCCUGUAGGGGCCUUACUGUAUGCAGCCAUAUUGGACCUUGUUCGGUGAUUUAGGUGGGAAAUUGCUGAAAUUUUGAGAUUUUCCAAAACUAAGUGCCUCUCUUUUUUUUUUUUUUUUUUUUUUUUUUUUGUAUAUAUCUGUGCAUAGAUACUCUGGCUAAGUUAUAGUAGCUUAGUAUUUAAGACAUUUCCUUGCCCUGUCUUUCUAAGUUAUUGUUGGUGAGUGCCUUAAAGAGACUGCUUAUUUGCUGAUUGUGGGCAGGACCCAGGAUUUUGUACAUAAAGAAAAAAAAAAUUAAAAUGUUUACAUAUUUUUUAAACUAUUCUGAUCAAGUUCAGGUCAUUUUGAAUUUUUUUAACUUACACUUUUCUUGGUUACAUAAUGCUUUAGAUUUGCUAUGUGCUGUGGGCUCAGCCAGCGGUUCAGACAUUUUAUUUGGUUGCAUGAAGGCUUACUUUAACAUUGCCAUCAUAUCCAGGUACUAAAACUCAUUUUGUGUAAUAGCGCAUGCAGGGUCAGCCGAUUUUCACUUAACUCAAAUUUAUAUGACAUGUACAGCUUGUUGUGUUGUAGGAUUUCAGAUAUGGACAUGAGUUUUAUUAUGAACAGAUUGUUUUAUGAAUGAAGAAAUUUACUCUAACCAAUGGUUAAGCGGCUAUAUACUUGAAACUGAAUUGUAAGCUGAUUUGUAUUGUUUUCCUGGAGUGCAGUUGUUUUAUAUGCUCACAAGGGCUCAAAAUUAAAGUACUUUUACUA